CCUCCCUCUCCUGCUUAAUACUGAUUCCAUUUUUUUCCUUCUUUUUAGCUUUUGAAGCUUCUACUUCUUCAAAGCUCCCAUUUAUUGGCUUCGGGAAAAGCAUCUUACCCACCCCUACUCCCCCAACACCCUCUCUCUCUCUCUCUCUCUCUCUCUCUCUCCAUCUUUAUUUUAGUCCAACAAAUCCAAGUUAGAUGAGAAAGAGAGAGAGAGAGAGAGAGAUCCCCAUUAAGCAAAGCAUGUGAAGAAGUUGGAGAAGACCCAGGUAAACAAAGAAGAUGAAAAAGAAGGCAAUUGUUUAGAUUCUGGGUCUUUGUUUGGUCCACAGGGAACCCUUUCUUCUCUCUUAAGCUCCCCCCCCUCUCCUCUUUUCCAUGGUGCUCUCUCUCUCUCUCUCUCUCUCUCUCCUUUGAUUCAUGUGUCCUCUUAGAAAUAUGGGUCUCCCCUUUUGACCACCACCACUACCACCCACAUGCAUAACUACACUAACUAAGAUCACCAUUCCUCUAUACAUUCCAUUCACUCUUCCGGGUCUUCUUCUUCAGAAUCCUCCCCACUCCCCCCCACACCAUUAAUGGCCUCUUUAAGCUUCAUCAUCUUCUUCUUUUACUUAGUUUUUUUUCAUAACCCCUCCCUGGUGCUACCCACGCCAUGCGACCCCAGGGACUUCGACGCGCUCCGCUCCUUCGCCGGUAACCUCACCGCCGCGCCCCCCGCGUGGUCAGACCCCGCGCGCUGCUGCGAGUGGCCCGGGGUGGUAUGCUCACCGGGUGGCCGCGGCGGCGGUAACCUUACCGUCACCGCCCUCCUCCUCUCCGGGCUUAACCUCACCGGGCCCCUCCCCCUCCUCCCCCUCCCCCACCUCCGCGUCCUCGACCUCAGCUUCAAUGCCCUAACCGGCCCCCUCGCCCCCCUCUCCCGCAUCCAAACCCUAACCUCCCUCAACCUCUCCUCCAACUCCUUCAAUGGCUCCCUCUUCGACCUCUCCUCCUUGCCCCAUCUCUCCCACUUCAACGCCAGCAACAACUCCCUCUCCGGCCCCCUCCCCUCCUGCCUCCGACCCCAUCGCGGCGCAACCAAUUGCAGCGGCACUCUCAGAGAGCUCCAUCUCAGCUCCAACUCCUUCUCAGGUGAACUCCCCGAACCCCUCUUCGAUUUGAUCUCGUUGCAGAAGCUCUCGCUCUCCGCGAACAAUUUCGUCGGUGAUAUCAGCGUGAAUUUGAGCUCGCUGUCCAAUCUCCGAGUAUUGGAUUUGUCGCUUAACUCGUUCGGCGGUUCGAUCCCCGACGCGUUUCGAAACCUGUCGAUGCUCGAGCAAUUCGUCGCGCAUUCGAAUUCCUUCACUGGGGAGCUCCCACCUUCUUUGUCCCAUUGCUCGAUGCUCAAAGUGCUCGAUCUUCGGAACAAUUCAUUGACGGGCUCGAUAGAUCUCGAUUUUUCCAAUAUGCCGUUCCUCAGAACUCUCGACCUUGCGAGUAACCACUUUGUUGGCCCCCUCCCUAUUAACCUUUCGAAUUGCCAAGAAUUGCAAACUUUUAGUGUUGCUAAAAACAGCCUGUCCGGAGAAAUUCCGGAGGAGUACAAAACACUAGUUUCGCUCUCGCUCCUUUCGCUGUCGAACAAUAGCUUCCACAACAUGUCGGGGGCGUUAAAUGUGCUUCAGGGGUGCACGAAGCUGAAUACACUUAUUCUAACAAAGAAUUUCCACGGCGAAGAAAUUCCGGAGCUUUCUGAUGGGUUCGCGAAUUUAGAGGUAUUGGCGUUAGGAAAUUGUGAUCUUAAAGGCCAAAUCCCUCUUUGGUUGUCGAAGUGUGAGAAGUUGCAAGUGCUGGAUUUGUCGUGGAACCGAUUGAGCGGUUCAAUUCCUCCGUGGAUUGACCAGCUCGAGUACUUGACUUAUUUAGACAUAUCGAACAAUUCUUUGAGCGGGGAAAUUCCAAAGAGUUUGACCCACUUAAAGAGUCUUGUUUUUGCUCAGACGUACCCAUCUUCGAACUCCAUUGGAAUGCCGUUGUACGUGAAGCGAAAUAAAACUACUUGUGGCCUUCAAUACAACCAACUCUCGAGCUUUCCCCCAUCUCUCUAUUUGAAUGAUAAUCGGUUCAACGGUACAAUAUGGCCGGAGUUUGGGCAUUUAAAGGCACUCCAUGUGUUAGAUUUGAGCAAGAAUAACUUAUCAGGAAGCAUUCCCGAAACCCUAUCGGAAAUGGAGAAUUUGGAGGUGUUGGAUCUCUCGUGGAAUCAACUGAAUGGAUCAAUUCCCAAAUCUCUAAGUAAACUUACCUUCUUAUCGAAGUUCAGUGUAGCACAUAACAAUUUAGAGGGUGAAAUACCAAGUGGGGACCAGUUCUUCACUUUCUCUAACUCGAGCUUUGAGGGUAACCCGGGACUUUGCAGGUCAUCUAUGCCUUGUAAUGGAUCGCAAUCAGUGGUUGGAUUUAAGCCCGAAAUUUCUACCAAUAUGGGCAAUAGGAUAGGGAGGAGCAGCAUUCUUGGAAUAACUAUAAGUAUCGGUGUGGGAGCUGCUUUACUUCUAGCUGUUGUCUUGCUUAACAUGUCGAGAAAGGAUAUUGUCGAUCCAAUGGCUGAAGAGGAUUUAGAAGGCGGGCCACACAGAUCAUCGGACUCGAGUUCAAAAUUGGUAUUUUUCUUUCCAAAUUCGGACACGAAAGAUCUAACCAUCGGCGAUCUGUUGAAGUCAACCAACAAUUUUGAUCAAGCAAAUAUAAUUGGGUGCGGGGGAUUUGGCUUAGUGUACAAAGCAUAUCUCCCUGACGGAUCAAAAGCCGCAAUUAAAAGGCUUUCGGGUGAUUGCGGGCAAAUGGAAAGGGAGUUCCAUGCUGAAGUAGAAGCACUCUCCAGGGCUCAGCAUAAGAACCUUGUUUCCCUCAAAGGCUAUUGCAAAUAUGGAAAUGAUAGGCUAUUAAUCUACUCUUACAUGGAAAAUGGAAGCCUAGACUAUUGGCUACACGAAAGAGCCGAUGGCGGGUCUUUACUGAAGUGGGAAAUGAGGCUCAGAAUUGCACAGGGUUCAGCGAGGGGUUUGGCUUACUUGCAUAAAAUCUGCGAGCCCAAUAUUAUACACCGUGAUGUGAAGUCGAGCAACAUUCUCUUGGAUGAGAAGUUUGAAGCACACUUGGCCGAUUUUGGGCUUUCGAGGCUUAUCCGUCCAUAUGAUACUCAUGUUACUACCGACUUAGUUGGUACUCUAGGUUAUAUUCCUCCAGAGUAUAGCCAGAGUUUAAUUGCCACCCCUAGAGGAGAUGUAUUCAGCUUUGGUGUAGUUCUAUUGGAACUUCUGACAGGUAGGAGGCCGGUCGAUGUGUGCAAGGCGAAAGGGUGCAGGGACUUAGUCUCGUGGGUGAUUCGUAUGAAGGCGGAGAAGAAAGAAGAGCAGAUAUUUGAUAGCGUAAUAUGGAGUAAGGUGCAUGAGAAGCAGCUUCUGAUGGUGCUCGAGACUGCUUGUAAAUGCAUUAGCUCAGACCCACGACACAGGCCUUCGAUCGACCAAGUUGUUUUGUGGCUAGAUGGGGUUGGAUCUGAUGCGCAAUCUUGUUAAUUGAUGAUUUUGUUUCCAUGAUAUAUGGGCAAGAGACAGUUAGAGUUUGAUUUUAGAACAUACAUGUAUUAUAGAUAAUUGUUCGUCUUCGUAUAUGGGUUAGAAAUAUAUGUUAACCCUUUUUAGCUUUAUCAAUUCGCCAGUUUUAUGUCAGAAACAUUUUUUUUCUGUCUAGGUUUACUAAUACUGGCUAAUUUUGAUAAAAAUUUUGGGGGCAAGUUCGAGUUUGUAUUACUUAACUGCAUGUACUACUAUUUCUACGUAAAAUUGGGUCAUGGAAGUUCUAAUCAGGUUUUAUUCUUCGUGUAAAAGAUAACUUGGUCUAUUUUCGUCCAACUGGUGCUCGUAAUUUCCUUGCUUUCUUUC